GAAAAAAAAUAAUAAAUUAAAUUAGUUUUGGAGGGAGAGAAGAGAGAGAAGCAGCUAAAGGGCGGCACGGUCUUCUUCACAGUCGUCGCUUCGCCCUCUUGUCGCCGGCCACGUACUUUCUUCUCUCUAGAACCUUGACUCUACAUUUGACUUUUCCUUCACAAGAUGUCUAGUAGAUCGCAUCGAUCUUCCAUCUCGCCGUUCCAUUCACGUAAAUCUCCCGUUCCAUCGCCUUCUUCCAAACCGACCGCUCGUCCGGGGACUGCUUCGUCAACGACGUCGUCUCGUCUUCCUUCUAGACUAUCCUCGUCUCCAGCUUCUUCGUCUAGUCCCUACCCUGGCCCGAGCCCUAGCCCGCCCGUUAUCGACCUCGAACGACCGGAGACCUCCAAACCUAAAGAGAAUGUUACCGUCACAGUCCGUUUUCGUCCUCUCAGUCCUAGAGAAAUUAAUAAAGGAGACGAGAUAGCGUGGUACGCAGAUGGGGAUUAUACAGUAAGGAACGAGUUUAAUCCUUCUAUUGCUUAUGGCUUUGAUAGAGUGUUUGGUCCAGCAACAACUACACGCCAUGUAUAUGAUAUUGCUGCUCAGCAUGUUGUAAGUGGUGCCAUGCAAGGGAUAAACGGCACAGUUUUUGCGUAUGGUGUUACAAGUAGUGGGAAGACUCAUACAAUGCAUGGGGAGCAAAAAUCACCUGGAAUUAUUCCGUUAGCUGUUAAGGAUGUAUUUUCCACCAUACAGGAGACACCUGGGAGGGAGUUUCUUCUUCGUGUUUCAUAUCUCGAGAUUUACAAUGAGGUCAUCAAUGAUUUACUUGAUACAACAGGUCAGAAUCUAAGGAUAAGAGAGGAUGCUCAGGGAACUUAUGUUGAGGGAAUCAAAGAAGAAGUUGUUUUAUCCCCUGCUCAUGCUCUUUCUUUGAUAGCAUCUGGAGAAGAACAUAGACAUGUUGGUUCUAAUAAUUUCAACCUUCUUAGCAGCCGGAGUCACACUAUAUUUACCCUGACAAUUGAAAGCAGUCCACGUGGGGAAAUGAACGGGGACGAUGUGACGUUAUCCCAACUGAACUUAAUUGAUCUUGCUGGAUCCGAAAGUUCUAAAACUGAGACAACUGGACUGCGUCGAAAAGAGGGUUCAUACAUAAAUAAAAGCUUACUGACUCUAGGAACUGUAAUUUCUAAACUGACUGAUGGAAAAGCAACUCAUAUUCCAUACCGAGAUUCCAAGCUUACCCGCUUAUUGCAGACAUCCCUUAGUGGCCAUGGACGGAUUUCUCUCAUAUGUACAGUGACACCUGCCUCUAGCAACAGUGAAGAAACACAUAACACACUGAAGUUUGCCCAUAGAAGCAAGCAUGUAGAAAUCAAAGCUUCCCAGAAUAAGAUUAUGGAUGAGAAGUCCCUUAUAAAAAAGUACCAGAAGGAAAUUACAUCUUUAAAGCAUGAACUUGAGCAACUACGGCAGGGGAUUAUGGAAAACCCUUAUAUGGCUGCGACUACACAAGAAGAUCUGGUUAAUCUAAAGCUUCAGCUGGAAGCUGGUCAGGUCAAACUACAGUCACGACUGGAAGAAGAAGAAGAAGCAAAGGCAGCGUUGAUGGGAAGAAUUCAGCGGUUAACAAAACUAAUUCUGGUUUCUACCAAGAAUUCCAUACCAUCAAGCAUUUCUGAAAGGCCUGGACAUAGACGGAGGCAUUCUUUUGGGGAAGAUGAGCUAGCAUAUUUGCCAGAUAGGAAAAGAGAAUACAUAAUUGAUGAUGAUGCUGGAAGCUGUGCUUCUGAGCUCUCAGUGGAAGGAAGGGAUGAUGUAACAAAUCUGGAUGAGUUGGUGAAAGAUUAUAAAAAGAACAGGAGGAGAGGAAUGCUAGGCUGGUUUAAACUAAGAAAACCUGAGAAUCUAGCUGGAGUAUCAGCAAGUGCUGAUAGUGGGAGCUCAGCAAGUGGAUCUCCCGCAUCUUGUUCUAAAUCUUUGCAGGAAAAAGUUACAUUUAGUGAUAUGAAAGAUGGACAGAGAAAAUCAGUUAGCAAAAGAGGAGACGAUGCUGCAAUUAUUGAUUCAUUUCCUGAAAGAACACAAGCCGGUGAUUUGUUUAGUGCAACUGUUGAAGGCUGUUUGCCCCCGAGUGGGACCACUAUUACAGAUCAAAUGGAUCUUCUUCAAGAGCAGAUGAAAAUGCUAGCUGGAGAAGUGGCAUUGUCUAUUAGUUCUCUGAAAAGGCUCUCUGAGAAAGCAGCCAGCAACCCUGGAGAUUCACAGCUUAGAGAGCAAAUGCGGAAGUUGAAGGACGUAAUCAAUGAAAACAGGCAUCAAAUACGCGUUUUGGAACAACGAAUGAUUGGAUCAAUUGAGAAGACGCCUAAUACAUUAAAUACUGCUGAAAUGUCGCAGGCCCUGUCAAAGCUUACAACACAGCUAAAUGAGAAAACUUUUGAACUUGAGAUUAAAUCAGCGGACAAUAGAAUUCUUCAGGAGCAACUUCAAAUGAAGACAUCAGAGAAUGCUGAGAUGCAAGAAACUAUUCUUCUACUAAGGCAACAGCUGAAUAAUAAAAGCUCCAGGAGUCCACAAGAAAGUGCAGAUAAUGAGACUAUAAUAAAAACUUGUUCCGACGAACUUUUAGAGCACAAUGAUGAGAAGAAUGGAAUUGGUUCAUGUGAAGAUACUCAUGGUGAUGACAGUACACCAACUAGUGUCAUGAGCUUGAAUAGAGUAUUUUCCCGGGAGGAUGCUAAAGAGUGUAACAAAUGUACCUCUUUGAAUUCCCAAGUUCUUAUUCAGGCUUCUGAGAUAGAGAGCCUGAAGCAAGAGAAUGUGAAACUAACAGAAGAGAAGUACGGUCUUGAAAUUCAAAGUAAUAAACUGACUGAGGAAGCUUCAUAUGCAAAAGACUUGGCUGCUGCAGCUGCAGUUGAACUUCGAAACUUGGCUGAAGAAGUAACCAGGCUUUCUUAUGAAAAUGCUAAACUGACUGGUGAACUGGCUGCUGCGAAGGAGGCCCGCUGCAGAUCCAAUUGUUGUGAGAGGAUUACUACACACGAUUUUAGACAAAAUAAAAGGAGUGAUAGGCUUGAGCUAGGUCACAGGAAACAAGGGGAUGGAAUCCUCAUUGAGGAGUUGCAGAAAGAACUUAACAUGAGAAACCAAAGGGAAGCGGCUCUGGAAGCUGCCCUAUCUGAGAAAGAGCAAAUAGAAAGUGAUUUACGGAGAAGAAUUAAUGAAGUGAAUAGGCACGAGGAAGAUCUGGAAAAUGAACUGACAAACAUGUGGAUGCUAAUUGCAAAGAUGAGAAAACAUGGUGUUAAUGUUGAGGACAUAUCAUCAAAUGAUGCACAAACAGGAGCAAGAAAUGGGCCUCUUUCAUCCAAUGGUCACUCAUUUCGAUCAUUCAAGGAGGAAGAAACCUUUGAAAAUUUACACGGGAUGAAAACAUAUGAAGAGUUAAGAGCUUGUUAUCAAGAAGAAAGGAGAAGAUGUGAAGAACUAGAAAGGCUUGUCUCCAGAAUGAAGGGUGAAGAUAUCAGUAAUUUGGAUGUUACAUAUCUUGAAGAACUGCAGAAUUUUCAUGUUGAGGCUAUAACGAAGAUUUGUCAUGCGAAGUGUGCAAACUAUAUGUUGUAGUAUGCAGAGUUUUAACCAUUCAUAAAGGAUCUUGCUUAGUUUCUGACUACGGAGGUCA